GUAGAAUGACGCUUACGUGCCUGAGCAAAAGCUGAGCUGGCUGUUUGACGUGAAGAAGACACGGGAUGCUACUAUAGCUAGCUAGCCGAAAUUAAGUUCACCAGUGUGAAAUGUUUGCUGUGAUAGCAUUAAAGAAGACAGCAGGGGCCUGUUCCAGUGUUGAAGCUACAACUGAAGUGUAAGAGCCUGAUUUUCAAGCUGCACUUCUCAAUGAGGUACAGAGGAGCUAAGAUCUGUCUGUGGGGACAUCCCUCCUGCUGUCUGCCUCGCCUACACUUGCAUGGAUCUUUGGGGAGCAGAAUCGGUCCGGUGCGUACCUACAGUGUUCAGCAGCAGCCUGGUUCUGUCCCACCUGCUAACCCAGCACCUCCUGAUGGGAAGAGUGGAACAGAGGAAGUGAAGCAGCGUGCUGUUUCUGCCUUACAGAAAGCAGGUGAGUUGGGACAUCAAUGGGGUCAGAGGUCAGCUCAAACGGCCACCGCCACAAUCAAUUACUGGUGGGAAAGGUACGAGGAAUUCGUUGGACUCAAUGAGGUUCGAGAGGCUCAGACCAAGGUCGCUGGGGCUGAGCAAGCAUUUAUGGUGGCCAGGGGUAUGGUUCGUGAGGCUCAUGCUAGCCUAGAGUCCUUACAGGGCAGGCUAAAGGAAGUCAGAGACCGGCUGGACAGAGUCUCCAGGGAGGAGGCUCACUACCUGGAACUUGCCACGCUGGAACACAAACUCCUGCAGGAGGAGCGUCGUCUCCGCACAACAUACGAGAAUGCAGAAAGUUCAGAGCGGGAAAGGUUUGCUUUGUUUUCAGCAGCUGUCAGGGAAAGCCAUGAAAAAGAGAGAACAAGAGCUGAACGCACCAAGAACUGGUCCAUCAUUGGCUCCGUGUUGGGAGCCUUGAUUGGAGUCAUGGGAUCAACAUACAUCAACCGUGUACGAUUGCAGGAGUUGAAGAGUUUGUUGCUGGAGGCUCAGAAAGGCCCUGAGAGCCUGCAAGAAGCCCUCAGAGUCCAGGCUGGAAAUCAUCGCUCGCAGCAGGAUGAACUCCGGACUCUCAUUGACAAUCUCAGAGUUACUCUAAACGAUGCCUUCACUAGGAGGGGUGCUGUACUUGAAGAAAAGAGAGGUCCAAUGUCAGACUCAUCUACUGUGCCUCUUUCAGCCCUAAAGGACCUCCAUGCUGGCAGGCAAAAGGCGGAGUCCCUAUUGGAGUCGCUACCACCACAACUGGGAAAACUGGAGCAAGGACUUGGUAGAGUUGAGAGCAGCUUAUUAAUGGUUAGGAAGUUACUGGACACCAGACCAGAGGCUAAAACACAGACUGGUCAGGUUCAGAUAGCACAGAGCACUGAGAGACCAGAGGGAGGGGACCAAUGGGAAUCUGCAGCGGUGGUGAGGCAUCUGGAGGACACUCAGAGGACGCUGGCUGAACGAAUUAGGACAAACACGGUUUAUAACGCUGUGUUUACCUACACAGCCACUGCCAUAACCAUCUCUGCCGUCUACCUGCUGCUCAGAGGCGUGAGUUAGCUACCUCCAGUUUUAACAUGUUAAUUUGCACUGAACCACCUCAUGCACUGGGAGUAAUGGUGUCAGAAUACAGAAAUGACUCAGUUGUAGGCAACUGAGCUGUCUGACAGUCAAAAUGUUGGUUUGGGAUAGAAUUUCAUUUUUAACUCGGGUGACUGGAUUCAGUCUUGUGCACAUUGAUCCAUAUCAGGUGAGGCCUUACUUUGAAAGGACCACAUUCCACCUCUGAAACAUUAAUCUUUGUAAAGUGGAAACAUCAGAAUGAAAAGAGGUGCACUGGACUUGUAGCUGUAAUGUCAUAAUAUUUGAUUUUCUGCAUCAGAUAAUGAAAAGAUAAAGACAUGUCAUGAAACUGAUCUUGAGCUAUAAGCUAUAAAUGAGAAAUUAAAUUUUAAAGCAAUGUAUAAAACUAUAUUCAUUAUGUCAACAAUAGAGAAAAUUAAAAAUUUCUUUAACAAAGA